UGUGGCAUUACCUCCGAAGUUAAAAAAUUGGAAAAACCAAACUCUUCCUUGAAAAGCUGUGAUUGUCUAGACAUGUGGGGGUUAAAUCUAGGGCAAAGGAGUGUAAAAAUAGAUGGGAGGGUCCAAUGUGAAAGGUUUGGAACCCCUCCCCUUAUAUAUAAAACAAAGACUCCGCCUCCAAUAUGUGGCAUUCAGUGUGUGUCCACACCAGGGUAGAAUUGGCACCAUGCUCUCCAGAUCAGCCAUGCACGUGCCACAUUAUGCCCCUUCCAUGUUCAGGGAGUUUGACAGAUGGAAGGGCUAUCUGAGCCUUGCGAAAGUGGUUACGGAGAUCAUCGCGGAACGCAAGAAGGUCCCAUUUCCAUCUCAGAGUUUGGACACAAUGGAGUACGACAUGCAGCUAGUCCUCAACGAGGACAACUUUGAAACAGCAUCACAAUGGGUUAAUGGAAGCAGUUCCAGCAGCAAGAGCUCCAAAGGUAGUGCCAAUGGCCAGGCUUCCCAAAACAAGGAGAUUUGCAAUUUCUGCAAACACAACGGGGAAUCCAAGCAGGUCUAUUCGUCCCACCGGCUGAAGGGGAUGGACGGCACCGUGGAGUGCCCCAUCUUGCGCAAAUACACCUGUCCGCUCUGCGGUGCCACGGGCGAAAAGGCCCAUACUUUAAAAUACUGCCCACUGAGCCAAGGGAAGAGGUCGCUGUAUCGCAAGUGCGGACGUAACUCGGCUGGACGCAAGGUUUGGAGAAUGGAAGCCCAAUUCUCUUAGACUACAUUUAUGUGUCAGUUGCCUAGUGUGAUGAUUCAUGGGCCCUGCAGUCCUAUUCCUGACAGUAUUGUGGCAGAUGAGGAGGAAAAUAUGGAGUUUUCCCCAGAUUUCCGGUCGGAGUCAGAGCCUUGGCAGCUGCCUGAAGUUCUAGUCCAAGAACCAAUUAAACCUGACCUUGGUGGGAACUCUCCCCCUUAUGGGAGAAAACAGGCUUACACGACUGAUAGAGGAUCGAGAGAAAAAUUUAGAAGUAGUGCUCGCCUUGCUGCCAAAUAUGCCACUGAUUAGAAGUAUUUCCCCUGAGAAAAUAUGGGGAGUCUUGCACCUGCAAGCUGGUUUCCUUCGCUCCCUGUUCUCUAGGGAAAGUGAUUGUUGUUUGGGGAAACGAGACCCAAUAUAGGGAAAUUGCGCGAAGGAUUCCUUGCGGAGUCAAUUCGUCAGCUCCUGGAGAGAGGUCAUGUGUGUGUGGACUUCGAAUCCUGUUCCUUGCCUCCUGAAUCUAGUUCCAAGCCUUGUCCUCGUCUCACGGAUUUACCACAGAUCUUGUUCCAUGCUUCAAGUUGCUUUGCCUUUAGCCACAGCUCCAGCCACGUUCCAAGUAACUUUCAGCCUUGUGUCAAGCUUCAUUGGAUUCAAGACUUUUUCUGUUUUCCCAACGCUUUGCUUGGCAAAGCGUGUGUUGCGGUUAUUGGAUUAUAAUCUUUGGACUCUAAUAUUUCAUAUUGGACAAUAAUCUGCUGGACUAUAUUUGGCCUCAUUUGAAAGGUCUGCUUCUGAACUUUAUUCUACACUUGUUUUUAUUGACUUUAUAUAUUCCUUUAAUAAAGAUAUUAGAUAGAAUCUGGCCUCAGUGUAUGGUUAUUGGUGCCCAGCAGCCUAGAUCCUGACACCUUGUAUCAUGCUUUUUUAUACAUAUAAUCAUGUUUUUUACAUAUGUAAUAUCACGUUCCUUUGACAUCUGUAAUUGCCUUAUAUCAUAUUUUAUAUUGUGUUUUAUAUAUGCAGUUACUUUACAUGUUUCUUUUAUG